AGACAGGAACGGGGCUGCGCCCCGACUGCUGGGUGCCGCAGCACGGUGGGGGGUGGGCUGGUAGGGGGCGGGGGGGCGGGGGGAACCAUGUCUGUGGAGUCGCGACCCCUCAAGAGGUCACUCAGAACAGGGACUCUCUACAACACCAAGAAGGCUAAACUUGAGUUUGGGGUCCUGGGGGCCAUUCGCAACACCAGAAAGGCUCAGUGGGCUCCACGCCAGGCAGUAAAACAGCCCAACAGCCAACUGCAGCGCUCAGCUUCCUGUUUCUGUACUGCUCACAGCCUGCAGGAAAUCCGUGAGUGUGUGUGCAAGUUCCGUGGCACAAUGCUGGGCUUUGAAAAGCAGCCCCAGUUCUGCCUGCGGGUCGGGGGCCUGGAGGGCUCCUUCUAUGAAGGGCAGAAGGAGCUGAGGGAGUACUGCGAGGCGCUCUACCUGCCCCAGCCCACCAGCAUGGAGGUGGUGGGCACGGUGGAUGACGUGCCCUGCCUGGCCACGGGGCAGCAGCUCGUCAUCCUCGUUGCUGAGGGCGGGGAGGUGUACGCAUACGAGGAGGAGACGCUGCACAAGGUUGCCAAAAGUAUGCAGGAGUUCAUGGAGAUCGGGCUGCAGCACCUGGGGAAGGAAGUCUACCACUGCGGAGAGUGGAUAGAGUCACUGGAUGAGGAGGAGCGGGACAAAGACCCAACGAUCUGGCAGCUGAGGCAGAGCGCUCAGCACUUCCUUGAGGCAGGAAAGGAUGAGUUCCACCAUCUGCUGGACUUGCUGGAAAACAAACCUGUUGUUGCUUGUUGAAUGUGUGUGUGACAAGGGAGGGGCUGGGGCAGAAAUGAGCUGUGUUGCCAAGUAUUCUACCUGCUUUACCUGUAAACACCUCCAGGGAUGGUGACUCCACCGCCACCGUGGGCAGCCCGUGCCAACACGUCAUUGCUCUGAGAGAGGUCCAGCCUGGAAUCACGUCAGGCCACCACCUCUCAUCGUACUGCGUUUGCCUGGAAGCACAGAAUAAGGCUCACCUCGCCACAAACUCACUGGUCAAGUCUCCUCUAAGCCUCCACCAGAUUAAACCUUAAUAGAUUUGCCCUUAAAAUUGCACUUUUAAAUGUUUUUAAUCAUUGUGUAAGACUGUGUCCCGAAAAGGGAUUUUCCUUGCAAACAAAACUUGUUUUACUCAAAUAUUAAAGAUUUUAAGUGUACAGGA